UCUGGCUUCACUUCCGCACCAGGCGAUGAUGACGCUGAGAGCGAUGUCGCAAGCUCGAAUGGAGGGGAAUCUGACUGAUUGUAUACAUCCGCUACAUAUUGUACUUACUUACGGGCUCGGUAAAACGCGUUUCAAGCUCGGUCAUGACGCGACGCGUUAUUUGUCUCUGUUGUUUAUUUCUUGCAUGCAUGCUAUUUUCACUUGGGCGGCGUUGCUUUUCUACUGCUCUACAGCAGAUUGAAAAGGAUGGUGCUCGCCUUCUUCGCGUCGUCAAGCGCCGGAUUGACGAUAGGGUGGCUUUGACUUCUCAACUCACCGAAACCAUGUCCACACCUGAAGACGUAGCCAGAUUGAAGAAACUGAAAGAAUCCGAGCCACUGCAGGAACUAUGGGACAAGUGGAUACACACCCGGGAGGUGCGUUCAUCGCUCAGUCGAAGCACGGAAACCCGGCUCAUGUACUUAUAACCAGUUUGCAGGCCCUGCGCGAGACCACCACGCUGCUCGACGAUCCGGACCUGCGCUCCAUGGCGUCGGAAGACUACGACAUGCUCUCCCAGGCGAUGCAGGACAUGCUAACCACAGAGUUCCCCAGAAUCCUCGUGCCCCCGUCACGCACCUCGCAUCUGUCUGCCCUGGUCGAGCUCAAGUCGGGCGUCGGCGGCUCGGAGGCGUCGCUCUUCCUCGGGGACAUGCUGCGGAUGUAUCUGCGUCUCGCGCAGGCGUCGCGCUGGAAAGCGAAUAUCGUGUCGCAGAAUAACCUGGACUCGGGCGGGAUCAAGGAUGCCGUGGUGGAGUUCAAGGGCGUCGGGGCGUAUGACUCGUUCAGUUUGGAGACCGGCGUGCAUCGUGUGCAAAGAGUGCCGGCGACGGAGCAGAGCGGGAGGACACAUACAAGCACAGUAGCGGUCGUGGUGAGUGUUUUGUCUUGAGAGUAUAUUCUGAAUCUCACACGCGGAAAUUCUCAAUGGCAGGUUCUUCCGCUAGUUGAGGAAUCGGAAGUACAGAAGGAGGAGCUGUAUUCGAUGAGCGACAUCAAAAUUGAGGUCAUGCGGGCUAGAGGCGCUGGCGGGCAGCAUGUAAACAAGACCGAAUCGGCCGUUCGACUGACUCAUAUCCCCACGGGAAUCACCGUGGCCAUGCAGGACGAGCGUUCUCAACAUACCAACCGACGGCGUGCAUUCCAGGUGCUCGCGAGUCGGCUGAUGGAAGUCAAGCUUGCUCGUGAGAUGGAGGAGCGGCGAGCGAGCCGGAGGAAUCUCGUCCAGAGCGCCGACCGCAGUGACAAGAUCCGCACGUACAACUAUGCCCAGGAGCGUGUUACGGAUCAUCGCAUCGGGCUCUCGCUGAUGAAUCUUACCUCCGUCAUGGAAGGAGACGGGCUACAAGACUUUUUGAUCGCGCUGCAGAAAGAUCACGAGGAAAGUCAGAUGGAGGAUAUCUUACAAGACGAUAAGUAAUGCAUGCAUGAAUUCGUUAUGUACAGUGCAUCUACAAGACGAGAUGGGAUCUGCCGGGGUCCGAAUCGAUUCCUGCAGCUCCACCCCGAAGAUCCCGAAUCUAUCUCGCCGAUUGGUUUCAGAAUGGCUUGAUGGGUUCAUGGUUGGCCAACGAGUUCAUUGUGUCUGAGCGACAAUCACUACAUUCCGUGGGAUGAUAGACCCCGUGGGGGUGAGACCGGCUGAUUAAUGACCGAUCAAUGAUCGAGUCAAGACCGAGCCGGGACUAACUUGAUAGCCCAUCGGGGGCUAUGCAGCCAGGGACGAUUCCGACUGAGCAAUGACCUAUUUGACUAGUCCCUUUGGGGUCUAUGCUUGGACUACCCAUGUAGCCACUCCUUGUUCUCUUCAAGCCCCAGGGGGCUACUUCUCUCGUUGCCUUAGAC